AUGAAUGCAGAAAAAUGUGAAUUUUUAGCGGCAAAUCAACAAAUAGAGGUUGGAAAAAGUAUUGGAUGACUUUGAAUUUUUGAUUAUUUUCAGAUAAUUCCCCGAAUAAGUGAAAAAGUUGUACAUUUAAUAUCAGGAGAUGUGGGACCAUUUGAAGCUGGAAUUCCAACAAAAAUACCCGUUUGGAUGGCACUUAUGUUAAAAAGGAAACAUCAUUGUCAUAUUGUGGUUAGUUUCCUUUAAAGUUGGAAUAAUUGACAUGAAUUAUUUGUUCAGCCUCCUGGUUGGUUGGCAAUCGAAGAACUCAAAAAAAUUUUAAUAUCCGAAUCAGACAAUUUGGGUUUAUCGCAUUUGCCCGAUAUGUUUUUUGAAUUAUCACAUAUGUUGGUUAAAGAAGCCUCGGAUAAUAUUUUUGAAGUUGAUCAAGUCAAAUCACUAAUACAGGAUAUUUAUGAUAAACGAGAAGCUAAACUACGAACAUCGGCAAUCACAUUUUUAUCGCAGGUAAAAAAUAAAACAAUCAUUUGUUCUGAAUGUCGUUUUUUAUAGAAUGAAACUUGUCAUGCACAACUUGACGGAGUUCAACCAAUUGAAGUCGCAUCAUCGCGAGCAACUCUUGAAGCUUGUAAACAGAUGGCAAUUCUUAUAAGAAAUAAACACCAAUCAACACCAAUUUGA